AUGUCAACCGCACCUGCACGUUGGACCGACGGCGAGAAGUAUUCUUUCUUGCUCCAAGCCUUGAAACAGUUCGGUGGAGAUCGAGCCCCGGACUAUAAGAAAAUCAACCUUACAGGUCGCACUGAACGAGCCAUGGGCCACCAGUGGGCUGCUAUCAAGAAGGAGAUGUCGACAAUUGGAGAGGACGGUGGCUUUGCCGAAGGUUCAGGCCCAAAGACUCCCAGUAAGCGCGGAGCUGGCAAGAAGAUUGAUGGAGAGACCCCCGGAAAGAAACCCAAGGUUGUAAAGAAGAAGGCCCCGGUCGUGGAGGAGGAUGAAGAGCAGGCGGAGGAUGCGUCUUCUUGA